GCUUUUGCACCACCCCCUCUAUUUCCCCACAGUCAACAGGAAGACUGGAGGCCAAAGAAAGCGGUCACACUCUGCAGGAGGGGAAGGACGAAGAAGGUCCAGCUGUACAUUCAGGACAAAGGAGAACAAUCAAGGCAAAGGAAUGAGCAAGAAUCAGAAAGAAGUGAAGAAAAUCCAGACAGUGUAUCUGCAGAACCUGGAAAAACUCAACCAGGGGAUAAAGUCAGACAAGAAGAGUUGGAAGACAAAGGAAGGAGACUUUUCUCUACAGACAGCGAUGGAAAAGCUGCGUCAGCCUCCCAUCUCCGGACAAGUCACCAAAAGCUCAGCACACAGAAUCAGCCGAGACCUGACCUGCUCCAUCUGCUUGGAUCUUUUCAAGCAGCCGGUGUCCUUACCCUGCGAUCACACCUUCUGCCAGGGGUGCAUUGAGGGCUACUGGACAGGUCCCCGGGGCCCUGGGCAGGGGGGCACAGGCUCCUGCCCUCAGUGCAGGAAGGUGUACCCCGGACAGUGCUACAGGCCCAACCGCAUCGUUGCCAACAUAGUGGAGAGCUACUGUCACGGUCUGGAUGAGUGUGGGAGUGGAGCCCGUCUGGCAGAUGUUGGGGUGGCAGAGAGGGCCCCUGCUCCGGUCCCCCGCUGCAGCAGACACAGAGAGGAGCUGAAGCUGUACUGUGAGGAGGACCAGGAGCUGGUGUGUCUGGUGUGUGGAGUCUCCCAGGAGCACAGGAGCCACACCAUGGUGUGUGUGCAGGAGGCAGAGCUGAAGUACAGGGCGUCUCUGAACAGCUCCAUGGAUUCCCUGAAAGCUGAGCUCAACACAGCGCUGCAGUGUGACAGAGAAGCUGAGGAUGAGGUGAAAAAGCUCAAGGAUCACACCGCCGACCUCAAGCAGCGCAUCGAGGCCCAGUUCAGCGACCUGCACCAGUUCCUGUACCAGGAGGAGAAGCUGCUGCAGGUGAAGCUGAAGACGGAGGAGCGGCGGGAGCUGAUCCGCCUGGACGAGCACAAGGCCCUGCUGUGCGUGGAGAUCUCCCGUCUGCAGAGGGCCGUGCACGAGAUAGAGGACAAGCUGAAGGAGCAGGACCCCUUCACCCUGCUGCGAAGCAUCAAAGUCUUGCUUCAGAGCAGGCCGUCGCUGAAGUUUGAGAAACCAGCGUUUACGCCACCCAGUCUGUGCGAGGGCCGGUUUGCGGGGCCCCUGCAGUACAGAGUGUGGAAAUCCAUGAAAGGAAGCAUCUACCCAGUUCCAGCAGCCAUCACAUUUAACUCCAGCACGGCCAACCCUUGGCUCAGCCUGACCUCCUCCCUCACCUGCGUACGCUACCAGACCUUCAACCACACGGUGCAGGACAACCCCUACAGGUUCAACGCUGCCCUGUCGCUGCUCGGCAGCCAGGGCUUCACCCACGGACGCCACUACUGGGAGAUCGAAGUCUACAGCAGCACGGUGUGGACGGUGGGGGUGGCUCGAGAGUCAGUGCCCAGGAAGGGAGUCAUCAAAGCUCUACCAGCCAACGGAUUCUGGACUCUCUCCCUUUCUUAUGGGAUUCAGUACAUGGCUGGCACCUCCCCGCCAACUGUGCUGUCCCUGGAGGAGCAGCUGGCCAGGAUCGGAGUGUACCUGGACUACAAGAGGGGCCUGGUGUCCUUCUACAACGCAGAGAGCAUGACACACCUCUACACCUUCAGGGAGAACUUCACUGAGACGCUCUACCCGUACUUCAACUUAGGCUUCCUGGAUAAAGUGCAUGAAAACGAGCCUCUCAAAGUUUUCUUACCAAAGAUUUAACAAACUGGAAAAUUGACAAAACAAAAGAGUCAAAUUACAAACCAAACAAGAAUGAUUCAAACUGCAGAAAACAGGAGAAAUCAUACUUCAUCAUAUACAGCAUUAGAUACAUACUUG